AUGGCCGUCCUGCUGCUGGCGUCCUCCAGCUUUGCCAGCGUCUUCUUCGGCUUCUCACAGAGCAGGUCUCUUCACCUCCUACUCUUCUCAAGACACAUACCGCCGGCCAUGGAGGACUCCAACGAUAGCAUGCAUUCACGGAUGCGGCUGGAGCAGCUGGCUGCUGGUAUGGGCGUCUACAUGAACAUGAAGUUCCCUCGAAUCACUCGCAAGGACACCGUCUCGUCCUUCAGCCAGCAGGAUAAGGAUGCUGCAGAAGCGCUGGCGAAGCAGAAGCGGCUGGAGGCCUUUUCAGCCAAAUCCCAUGUAUUCAGACGGACCCCGAGCAAACGCAGCUUCAAGCGAGAGGAAUUGUACUCGGCCAUAGACACGGCGAUCCGAGAUGACGCCUCGCUGGGCAUGCUGGAGUACCUUCUUACGCAGCUCAAAGAGACCAAGGCGAAGAAGAGCUUUUUCAAGACCCAGGAGAACUCCGUGGCCCUCGACAUGACCGACCUGCUGAGACUCGCGACAGAGAAGAGAAACUCCAGCUUUCUAGAGAUCCUGUCUCCUCACGUUGACCAAUGGGGUCUUGACGCUGCUCUCGGCCUCGCGGUUGCAAGCUUGGAUUUGCAUUGUAUCAAGGCGUUGCUCCAGAAUGGGGCGGACCCCAACUCCUGUCACCAACAGUUUGUCACGGCUGUAGGUAAUGGGCACGUUGCCGUCGUUGAGAUGCUGGCUGGAACUGAAAAGAAACUCAGCAGCUCCUGUCUGGAUGAGGCUCUUCCGGUAGCCGUUUCGAUAGGGUCUAUGAGAUUGGUGAUGUGUCUCAUACACAACGGAGCAAACGCGGAUACAGAUCAAAUACUGGAAACCGCCGUACAGGCUGGAAGACUAGACAUCUCCGCUGCCCUCGUCCUCGCCAGUCGUCCUCCUUCUCGAAUCUCGCUUGACUGCGCAGCUGGUGCUGCAUAUCAUUCGAACAACCUCAGUUCAGAAGAACGAGAUACCCUGCUUGAGUUACUUCUUUGCGCUGGCGCAAAUGGAGACUGUGUUUCCAGAGCUCUAGUGAGCGCCGUUGUGGCCAACGACAAACGAUCCGUCUCUCUUAUUGUCUCUUACAAUGGGGACGUCACAUACAAUUCCUGCGAGGCCAUCAUCGCCGCCAUAAAGGGAGGGAACCUACACCUUCUCGAUAUCUUGUUUAAGGGCGCCAUUGACCCUGACUCUGCCUCUACCGCACUGUCCAGGGUCCCCGAGGUGGAAUCGAACUUAUCUCCCACGAAAAAGAUAGCUAUUAUUGCUCAUUUCACAAAAUGCGGUGCCCAUGGAAGCCCGCUACACCAAUGCCUCGUAGAUGCGGUACAUAAGAACGAACGAAGCUUGAUAGAUCUGCUGAUUCAGAACGGUGCAUCCGUUGACUACGACGAAGGCCAUGCGCUACGAUUGGCCAUCUCGGCUGGAGCCCUUCCUAUUUUCAGGAAAUUAAUGGAAGGACAACCGUCCCAAGCAACCCUCGGUCACUGCAUCGGGUUGUUGCCUUCCUUACAGCCACGACUACAGUUUACUGUUGCCCAAGAUCUUCUGGCAGCUGGUGCAAAGGGAGAUGCAGUCAACAAAAUCCUUAUCGGUGCUGUUAUGAGCGAAUUCCCAGCUGAAAGAGAGCAGCUUAUCGAGCUAUUUGUGAAUCAUGGCGCAAACGUCGAUGCUCAGAAUGGGAAUUGUCUCGUACAAGCCGUCAAAAUAGGAGACGUUGUUGUACUAAAGCUGUUACUUCAGGGGAGGCCUUCCUCUUCUUCCCUGUCACGAGCUGUCGUUCCAGCAGUCUCGUUACGGGACCGAAUACUGCGUUUCUCCAUCUUAGAUCUGCUUCUUGGUUCCAAGGAAGCCAGUGGACCACAGAUCAAUCAGGAGUUGGUUACAUUGCUCAAGGAGAACUCGCUUGAUAUUGUUGCUGUCAACUUGUUUCUGGAAAAGGGGAAGGCAGAUGUCAACUUUAACAAUGGCGAACCUCUCAAACAAGCAUGCAGAAUGAAUGACCCCGAAUUGCUGAAGAUUCUGCUACAACAUCAACCCUCCGUCGAUGCGCUUAAUGCUUCCUUCUCCGUUGCACUUACAUCGCAAGAUACAUCGGCUCGGUACAAGAUGUGCCAGAGACUUCUGGUUGCUGGAGCCAACGGUGAAGCCCUGGAUGCCGGUCUUGUAACCGCCCAGCAAAGCUCACCUGCCGAUCCCCGUCUCAUUGAGCUAUUAUUGUCGUUUGGUGCAGAUAUCAAUUAUAAUGGAGGAGCAGUCAUUCAGAGAGCCAUUGACAAUUCCGAUGAGAGACAGCUGGCAUUGCUAAUUUCCAGAUUUCCGACAACUUUGACAGUCACCCUCGGCCUAGAGCGACUGCUGAAAAUCGACACCAAAAAGAGGAAUGAGAUGGCCAAAAUUCUCCUGGAUGCCUCCCAGAAUCGAAUCCCCGAGGCACUCGAUAACCUCCUUGCCGAAGCCAUUCUCGUAAAUAAAGGAGACAUAACCUUCCUGAAAAUGUUAAUUCAAUAUGGUGCAUCGGUGAAUUACCAGCAAGGAGCCGCUAUUAUUAACUCUAUCAAGGGACGUCGAUUUGAUGUCUUCAAGCUUCUAUUGGAACAACAAGCUAGUCAGGGAGCGUUGGAAGAGGCAUUCAAAGCAUGUUGGGCAUUGAAAGGUGCAGACCGCUUGUCAUAUGUUUCACGGGUUCUCAAAGGAGGCUACAAAGGUGAGCUCAUGGAUUCAGCUCUUCUUGAAGUUGUUCAGGAGAUGCCUUGCAGCCACGAAGCAAUCAAACUACUGCUCAAGCAUGGCGCAUCCGUGCAUUAUAACCGGAGCCACAGCCUGGUCCAUGCAGCCAUGGCUAAAGAUACCCUGACUCUUGGUCUUCUCUUGGAAGCCAUUUCGGACAGGGCGGGUGUCACUUACGCCUUUGGCAAGCUGAUAUCUACAGAUACUAGCAACUGGAUAACCGAAGAAGGAUACUCCACUGUGGAACUGCUUCUCCAAAAUGGAGCCUCAGGAGAAGUUUUGAGCCUUGCCUUGAUUGCUGCUAUCGAAACCUCCGACUCCAACCCAAAGUCCUCCAGCUUCGUGGAACUAUUUCUUCAACAUAAUGCCAAUGUGGAUUACCAGGAUGGACGUGCAAUCACGGCCUCUAUAGCUGUUGGAAAACCUCAUUUAACAAAGGCGAUCUUAAAGUCUAGCACCUCGAGCCAGAAUAUCAAUACUGGCUUUCUAUGUAUAUUUAGCUCCGACUUGACUGAGGAUGUUGCCGUCGAACUAUUCGAUAUUUUCACGAAGACGGAUUUGGACAUUCAAGCAAUGAAUGGCAAUAUAUGGUCUCCGAAGGACGGAAAUGAGCUUCGCGAACCUAUUACAUUCCAAUGCUUGAGAAAGUGGCCUCGGGGUUACAAGAUGCUCGGCCGCCUACUUGAAGCUGGAAUUCAUGUAGACGCCCUAAUACCCUAUGUGAUCGACGAAGAGCAUGGCUUCGAGCAGGUUUCUCUCCUACUAUGGGCACUACUACAACCACAACAGCUGAUCAGCCCAUACGUAUUCGAAUGUCUUUUGAAGAAUGGAGCCGACCCUAAUUUCCAGUCUACCAGUUCCAUGAUGACUCCAUUGCUAGUUGCAUCCGUCGACAGGUCUCCAGAUGUUAUUCGAAAACUCAUUCAGCAUGGUGCAGUCGUUUCAGUGAUGGAUAGGCACGGCGUCACGCCUCUUGUCAAUGCUAGUAAACGUGGCCAGCUAACUACUAUGCGUUGUCUCAUCGAUGCCGGCGCUAUGAUUGACGACGGCAGUCUUCAUGAAGCGUCAAGAGAGCUACAGUCUAGUGCUGUCCAACUUCUUCUGGACCACGGACACAACCCCAAUUUCCCGUCUAUGCUUCAUGAUGGACGUUGUGCUCUAGCCGAAUUGUGUUUUAAGGCAGAGUCACCUGGGACAUCUCUGGUCAAGACCCGACAGACAAUCGACGUUCUUAUAUCAGGCAAAGCUGAUUUGGCCAUCCAGAGCCAGGGGAAGCCACUCAUCUAUCACGCAAUAGAUAAUCCGACGUCAUGUAUAAGCACGACAACCGCAUUGCUUGCAAGCAAGAUGUGGCGGCUCAUCAACAAUGAUUUCAAUCAUUACACAUGCGACGGAUAUGUUUAUUCACCAUCUACAUAUGUUUCCAAAUGCCUUGCACAAAGCCCAUCAGAGCAUGCCCCAGAACUCCUUCGAAUAUUAAAAGCCAACGGAUGCAAAGAUGUUUUCUACAAGUGUGAAGGGCCCCAACCACCCGAUAUGGUCGGAGCACCCGCUGAAGUGAUUGCAGAAGAGAAACGACGCAAAAACCGUCUGCAGCGUAUGCAGGAACAAGAAGAGGAUCAUCAGAUAUCUCUUCAGCGUGAACGUGAUGCUGCAGAUCAGCAGCACCAAAUAAUGGCUCGCACGCAUCAACUUCGGGCCUUGCACGAUCGUGAGACUGCAGAUGAACGUGACGCAGCAGCCGAGAGAUCCAACAGACUCCAGCUCCGCCUUGAAGCAGAAACGGCUGCUCAACGCCAGCGAUUUGCCGCCCAACAACAACUGGCUGAUCAGGAGCAGUUGCGUAUGAUGAACCAACUUCGCCUGGAAGCUGCAGAGAGGCAAGGACGACUACAGAUUGAAAAUGAUAAAAUCAUGGCCAAUACCCAACAUAGCCUCCUAGAGGCUAAGAUGGCCGUCGAGUCAAGGAGGAUCAAAGAGCUGGAGGCUGCCAAUGAAAGACAGUAUCAUAGGGACUCAGACUUGCUUUCACGUCAGGAACGGAUACUGGCUGAUCGAAAGGCCUUCAUGGUGGCGUCUCCAUCUGCCUCAGGGGUUGAUGAGUCUGGUUUGCCAACGCCAGAGCCUCAGCGACAAUUAACCUACACAGGUUCGGAACUUGAUUGA